AUGCAGAUGAUUACAUGGAAAUGUGGAAAAUUGUCACAUGUUGAUUUGAGUUUAUGUUCAGUUUAUACGCAAGUUGCUCGAUUGAUGAAAAUUUUAAGACAACAGCACCUGGAAAUUCAAAUCAUGCUUCGAGUGCAUAGAAAGAGAAUCUCGAACUUCCUGUCUCCAUCUUCUCAUGUCGCUUGUGAAUGA